UGCUUUCCUCCUUACUUCCGGCCACUGUACCUCCAUUCCACACACGUAAAGGACUCAUUGUCCGUAGAGAUCAGAGUUACACAGCAGUUAAGACAUCCGGUGAGUGUGAGACACCGAGCAGCCAUCCCCGUGUGUCAGGAGGACUGCGCAGGACCCAGAACCCUAUCACGGUGCCUCCACCUCACUCACUGACACAUGAGACACAUUGACCAGAAGAUCCUGGAACUCCCUAACAAGAUCAUUCAGCUGCUGACUGGAGAGGAGGGAGAGUGUAUAGAGGAACACAGGGGUCUUUACAUGGACGUGAUGAUGGAGAAUCACCGGCCCCUCACAUCACUGGAUGGGCCCAGUAACAGAGAUUCUCCAGAGAGAUGUCCCCGUCCUCUGUAUUCCCAGGAUUCUACAGAGGAGAAUCACAGGAUCCCACAGGAGGAUCAGGUAAAACGUUUGUCUGUUAUUAAAACAGAAGAUAUAGAGGGAGAAGAAGAGACGUAUGUGACUGAUAUAAAGGCAGAAGAUACAGAGGGAGAAGAAGAGACGUAUGUGACUGAUAUAAAGGCAGAAGAUACAGAGGAAGAAGAAGAGACGUAUGUGACUGAUAUAAAGGCAGAAGAUCUAGAGGGAGAAGAGACGUAUGUGACUGAUAUGAAGGCAGAAGAUAUAGAGGGAGAAGAAGAGACGUAUGUGACUGAUAUAAAGGCAGAAGAUAUAGAAGGAGAAAAAGAAACGUAUGUGACUGAUAUAAAGGCAGAAAAUAUAGAGGGAGAAGAAGAAACGUAUGUGACUGAUAUGAAGGCAGCAGAUACAGAAGGAGAAGAAGAGACGUAUGUGACUGAUAUGAAGACAGAAGAUAUAGAGGGAGAAGAAGAGACAUAUGUGAGGGGUGAUCAGCAGUGUAAGGAGGAGGAGAUCCCUACAGAUAUCAGCACAGAUGGACACACAAGCAGGAAUAUCUCAGAAGGACAUCUAAUGUUAUCCCCGGAUUGUGACAUAAAAGAUAAUGACAGUAGACAGGAUUCUCCAGGAGCUAACCCCAUUACCCCAAUUAUACAUCCAGCUCUAUCAGCUGAUCCCUCUGAUCCUGGGAAAUGUUCUCCUGAUCACUCUGAUAUUGGUGCAUCUGUUACAGCUCUGACAGUAGAUACAGAGUUUCCAUGUGCUAUAGAUGCCAAAUGUUUUACACAGAACACAAAGCGUAUUAACCCUCAGACAGCUAAGGCAGGUGAGAGGCAAUUUCCGUGUUCUGAGUGUGGGAAAUGUUUUACAUACAAAUCAGCUUUUGUUACACAUCAGAGAUAUCACACAGGUGAUAGGCCAUUUCCGUGUUCUGAGUGUGGAAAAUGUUUUAUACAAAAAUCACGUCUUGUUAUACAUGAGAGAAGUCACACUGGUGAAAAACCAUUUACAUGUUCUGAGUGUGGAAAAUGUUUUAUUCAAAAAUCAACUCUUGUUAUACAUGAGAGAAGUCACACUGGUGAGAAACCAUUUCCAUGUUCUGAGUGUGAGAAAUGUUUUAUAUAUAAGUCACAACUUGUUAGACAUGAGAGAAGUCAUACAGGUGAGAAACCAUUUCCAUGUUCUGAGUGUGGAAAAUGUUUUAUUCAAAGAUCAGCUCUUUUUAUACAUAAGAAAAGUCACACAGGUGAGAAACCAUUUCCAUGUUCUGAGUGUGGGAAAUGUUUUGUACAGAAAUCAGUUCUUGUUGCACAUCAGAGAAGUCACACAGGUGAGAAACCAUUUCCAUGUUCUGAGUGUGGGAAAUGUUUUGUACACAAAUCAGUUCUUGUUACACAUCAGAGAAGUCACACAGGUGAGAAACCAUUUCCAUGUUUUGAGUGUGGGAAAUGUUUUGUACAGAAAUCAGUUCUUGUUGCACAUCAGAGGAGUCACACAGGUGAGAAACCAUUUCCAUGUUCUGAGUGUGGGAAAUGUUUUGCACAGAAAUCACAUCUCGUUAGACAUGAGAGAAGUCACACAUGUUCUGAGUGUUAGAAGUAAAUCAGCUGUUUCACACAAUAGACAUCACACAGGUGAGGAACCUUUUUAAUCUAAUCACCAUUGCCAUGCAGUGUUCCUCAAGGUCCUGUCCUAUCUUCUAUGCUUCUUGCAAUAUACAUGCUGCUACUGAGUGAAACAAUCAGACGUCAUGCCCUGGUCUACUACUGCUGUCCUGAUGACCUCUUUUUUGCUCUGUGUACUCGGAACCCAAUACCAAUCCUAAGCGGCUGUCUAGCUGAGCUCCAGGUGUGGGUGAUACCAGUUGGCUGUGACCCAGUUGUGGUGAAACAUGUCCUUAUGAUAGCGUCUCACCUACAAAAGGCAGGGCUACAGCGUUACCAACCAACAUGGGGGAAGCUUCUGUCUGACCUCUCAUUACACAACGUAUCCUGAUCCCGGCUCUAUGUGACCUCUCACAUCUAUCACUUGUGUCACAUUACAUCUUAUACCUGUAGUUUUAUGUUUCUGUUGUUUCCCUGUUAUCUGUUCGGUAAGAUCACCUGCUCUCAUUGUGUGUGUGGGGGGAGGGAGGGGGGUCACUUUCUAGCAUGAGUGGUAGUUUCUGGAAUUGGAUCGCCCAGAGGAGUGUGGGAGUACCAUCCUGGAGGUGAUGAAGGGGUAAGUGCCUAUUACCUAAUGAUGGGGAUACGGUCUGGCUGUCACGUUCCUGGUACACACCUCUUCUCUGCCUAAUAAUGAGUGCCACUUUACAUAUGUGCAGCUGUACCAGUGUCACCCCACAUCUGUAUCUCACAGGCUGUCACAUAAGCCCCUAUAUCUGUUGUAGAUGCAGUAAUCAGCCUUUGGGCACAGCACUCCCAAAGCCUGGUAGACGGCUGCGUUGACUCUGGACUUAAUAAAGCACAGUGGACCAACACCA